AUGGAAGGGAAUUUUUCAACGCAGAAAAAAGCACCCGUGGGGAUCAAAAAACCAAACGGUGGUAAACAUAUAAUUAGAGGGAGGAGAGGAGGUGCUCCUCACAAGGUGGGGAAGGAGAUGGGGAAACAGAAAGGAAGACCAAAUGGCGAAGGGGAGACGGAGUGGGACGCAUCCUCCAACAGGAACGGGUAUAACCCCCGGAUGAAGGGGAAAGGAGUCCACCCCAGAUUUAAUAGUAGCCUUUUCCGAAAGGGUCAGCAAAGUGGCAACAUGGGGGGAGUAACUGGGAAGGGAAAGCACCAGGGGGGCCUCCAUGGGGGGGGAAGAAAAAGCACAAGUGGAGCGGCCAAUAAGGGUUCCAACCAGGGUGGCAACAAGGACGAUGGAAACGACCCACACACACUUGGCGACGCGUACUACUACGACAAUGAGAGCUCGGCGGUGAGCGAGGGAGAGGCCCCCCCCACGGGGCCAAUCAGCCACGCAGAGGAAAACACAAGUCGAAAGGAGCCCCGCAUUAACAGUGACCAGCAGCCGACCAUGGAUUACGUGGAGUAUGUGAGCAGCCUCAAAAAGGGGGAAGAUCCAAACAGUGAUGAAAGGAAAACAUUGCACACCUCCGAGGGGAAGGACGAGGUUGGUGGGGAAGCUCCCAAUGGUGAGCAGCAAAAGGGAGGCGGUGAGGAACAAGAUGGAGCUGAUGAGCAUCAAAAUGGGGCUGAUGAGCAACAAAAUGGAGCUGAUCACCGACGGGGAGUGUUCAACAUUUUCCUUCUGUUCUGCCCCCUCGCUGUCACCAGCAUAAGAAACAGACGGUGCGUCAUAAAUGCCGAUGAGCACAUGUCGUUUCUGCAGAACAAAUUGAAGAGCGUGGAGAGUUUGCUGGCAUGUGCAAGGAAUGCAAAGGAGAGUGCAUUCCUCAGGAGCAAAGCGGAAGCAGUAGAAAAUAAGCUGAAGAACGUACGGCUGGAUGUCCUUUUCUUUACUUUGCUCUGCUUACGAGACAGUGUUAUUAACAAAAGGGGUCGGCUGCAAAUAUAUUUGCAUACAGUAAACGGGUUACUAAUUUAUGUGUCUCCAUCAUUUCGGGUGCCUCGAAGUUUUUCCCUUUUUAAAAAAGUCAUGUUGAAUUUGAUGCUGCGGAACGUGGUGCUCGACCCGGGCGGGCGGCCCCUCCUGAAGGUCCUGCCCCACCCGGUGCAGCGCUACGUGGGGUCCUCCGUGUGCAUCGGAAUUUCUCACAUGGGCUUCCCCGCGGAUGUUAAAAAGCUAUCGAAGCAGAUAAAGGAGACAAAGAAUGAUUAUUCAUUUUUCCUUUCUCUCUCCAGCGCAUACGACUUGACACAUUUUAUUGAAUCCAUUUCGAGGACCCACUCGGAGUGCUUCCCCUUCGACUACGUUGUGCGCGUUUCGGACCUCCCCCUGUCUACGGUUGCCGUUUGUUCCAAGCUGACGCAUUUUUUAAAUGACUAA